GUUGCUGUCUCGGAUGCUGUGGAAUCUGCAGAUGGUAAGUUAUUGGCACCAGGAUCCGCAGUGGGGAAAUAUCGGCGAGCAAAGCAAGCGGGGCGGUAGUCUGGGGAGGGGUUAAGGUGCUUUAACUGUCCCCUCUCCAAUUGGCCUAACUUUUUGUUUGUGUCGGUUGUUUGUUUUGGUAGCGGAGGGAGUAGGGACACUUAAAAAAACGUCUUAUGUAAAGCGGUCAUUUUAUAGGACAGGAAAUAGCCAUCUUUCGCCACCAGCAUUUUCUCCCCUUCUCUACAAAAUUUAAAAAUGAAACAAGGCAGCUUGUUUCAAAUAAUUAUGUAUGUGCAAACUUCUAGUUACAGAUAAAUCUUAGUAUGAUAAAACUGUAACAUGUUUGUGAGCGUUAUAUUGUAUUGCUUUGAAAGAAGCACUCGUUAUGUUUCAAAAUAUGACAAAUGAGAAUGAUUAUACCUUGUCAAGUAUUUAUGAAAACAGCUAAUAAUACCUCAUAUCUUAAUUGAGGCAUCUUAGAAUAUCGUGCAUUUUGGGUGAAAAAAAAAAGUUAAAAGGAUUGAAUAGAACAGCUCAGCGAUGACCCCACUUACACCCGCUUUUUUAGGGUUGAAGAUAGAAUAUUGAAUCACUAAACGUUCUCAGUAGAUUUAUGUGAUAGCCUCGUAGAGUAAUAUAUCAUUCUGUACGUGCGGGGCAUUCUCUCAACUCAGAACGAUGCGCUUACAAGCAUUUUUGCUACUUGUUUCGUUCCAGUGGUCCAACUCAUUGCAUGGUAAAUGUCUUUACAUUUUUGAAAACAGAUUUUCGUUAUGUUUAAAGACUGCCUUUCAAACCAGCUCGCGCUAUUCCACUCUGCAAUUCAUCCUGUAAAUAGUUUCUACAGCACUUUCAUGCGUACAGAUAAUAAUGAUCCAUUUUGAUGGAAAGUCUGUUAAAAGCCUGUUUCAAAAAGAUUCUUUGCAGAUGACUUUAAUAAUUUACCCUAAAAUUGGGAGGUAGAAAUUGGUUUAAAUUGUGUUUAAUUUUCAUCAUUUUAACAUAGACUAUUUCAUGUUUACUUACCUUAAACAAAAUUUCUAGUGUUUGUGCGUUUUUUCUAUACUUCCUUUGAUUUUCUCUUUUAAUAAUAUUUUCAGUUUUCGUCUUUUAUUUCAAGUCAUUUUAAGUUUUCUUAGUUCCAAUCCCUUCCUAAGAUUGCAUUUUCUAUUUGGAUUGUUAGAGCUGGUCCAGUUGUUCAGUGGAUGCGCAUGCGCUAUUCGCAUUUGCCACGUACAUUUUGAGAAGUAAGAAGAGGGGUUUUGUUAAUUUGUGUAGCAAAAAAGUCUCGAUCCCUAGCUAUAUUGAGACAUAAUUAUUUCCAGGAGCCCAAAACCCUGUUGCGUUGUUAUUGAUACAAUCAAAUUAAGGUAAUACGUUCAUGUUCGAAAUAUGCAUUCAUUAAACUCUGUUCGUGAUGAAAAUCAGGAACGUAUUAACCUCAACCCCACCCACACCCCAUUCAACCGCACAAUGGUAGGAAGAAAAUUAAGGAAAUACUUAUUAGCCAAAAUUUAAAGUUUUGUUAAUAAUUGUUUAAUAGACUAUUAAUAGACGAUAUAAGAUACUUUUAAAGUCUCUAAAUUAUUUCGUGACUGCUGCUGUGCAGUGUGAAAUACAUUACUGGCUUGACCAUUCCGUGUGGCUUUAUUGAGCAUACUUAGGCUCCCGGAGAGGCUAGAUUACCGUAUUCUUGCUACUUUACAAAUCUUAUCACGUUUCACACCAGUACACCAUCCAGAUGGCUUUUGAGCAACUUUGAGGCCUUUAAAAUGCUUGCAUAAUUUCAUUUUCUUCAUUUUCAGUUGCUGUCUCGGAUGCUGUGGAAUCUGCAGACGGUAAGUUAUUGGCACCAGGAUCCGCAGUGGGGAAAUAUCGGCGAGCAAAGCAAGCGGGGCGGUAGUCUGGAGAGGGGUUAAGGUGCUUUAACUGUCCCCUCUCCAAUUGGCCUAACUUUUUGUUUGUGUGGUUGUUUGUUUUGGUAGGGGAGGGAGUAGGGACACUUAAAAAAACAUCUUAGUAAAGCGGUCAUUUUAUAGGACAGGAAAUAGCCAUCUUACGCCACCAGCAACUUCUCCCCUUCUCUACAAAAUUUAAAAAUGAAACGAGGCAGCUUGUUUCAAAUAAUUAUGUAUGUGAAAACUACUAGUUACAGAUAAAUCUUAGUAUGAUAAAACUGUAACAUGUUUGUGAGCGUUAUAUUGUAUUGCUUUGAAAGAAGCACUCGUUAUGUUUCAAAAUAUGACAAAUGAGAAUGAUUAUACCUUGUCAAGUAUUUAAGAAAACAGCUAAUAAUAGCUCAUAUCUUAUUUGAGGCAUCUUAGAAUAUCGUGCAUUUUGGGUGAAAAAAAAAAAAGUUAAAAGGAUUGAAUGGAACAGCUCAGCGAUGACCCCAAUUAAACCGCUUUUUUAGGGUUGAGGAUAGAAUAUUGAAUCACUAAAAGUUCUCAGUAGAUUUAUGUGAUAGCCUCGUAGAGUAAUAUAUCAUUCUGUACGUGCGGGGCAUUCUCUCAACUCAGAACGAUGCGCUUACAAGCAUUUUUGCUACUUGUUUCGUUCCAGUGGUCCAACUCAUUGCAUGGUAAAUGUCUUUACAUUUUUGAAAACAGAUUUUCGUUAUGUUUAAAGACUGCCUUUCAAACCAGCUCGCGCUAUUCCACUCUGCAAUUCAUCCUGUAAAUAGUUUCUACAGCACUUUCAUGCGUACAGAUAAUAAUGAUCCAUUUUGAUGGAAAGUCUGUUAAAAGCCUGUUUCAAAAAGAUUCUUUGCAGAUGACUUUAAUAAUUUACCCUAAAAUUGGGAGGUAGAAAUUGGUUUAAAUUGUGUUUAAUUUUCAUCAUUUUAACAUAGGCUAUUUCAUGUUUACGUACCUUAAACAGAAUUUCUAGUGUUUGCGCAUUUUUUCUAUACUUCCUUUGAUUUUCUCUUUUAAUAAUAUUUUCAGUUUUCGUCUUUUAUUUCAAAUCAUUUUAGGUUUUCUCAGUUCCAAUCCCUUCCUACUAAAGAUUGCAUUUCCUAUUUGGAUUGUUAGAGCUGUUCCAGUUGUUCAGUGGAUGCGCAUGCGCUAUUCGCAUUUGCCACGUACAUUUCGAGAAAUAAGAAGAACGGUUUUGUUAAUUUGUGUCGCAAAAAAGUCUCGUUCCUAGCUAUAUUGAGAUAUAGUUAUUUCCAGGAGCCCAAAACCCUGUUGCGUUGUUAUUGAUACAAUCAAAUUAAGAUAAUACGUUCAUGUUCGAAAUAUGCAUUCAUUAAACUCUGUUCGUGAUGAAAAUCAGGAACGUAUUAACCUCAACCCCACCCACACCCCAUUCAACCGCACAAUGGUAGGAAGAAAAUUAAGGAAAUACUUAUUAGCCAAAAUUUAAAGUUUUGCUAAUAAUUGUUUAAUAGACUAUUAAUGGACGAUAUAAGAUACUUUUAAAGUCUCUAAAUUAUUUCGUGACUGCUGCUGUGCAUUGUGAAAUACAUUACUGGCUUGACCAUUCCGUGUGGCUUUAUUGAGCAUACUUAGGCUCCGGGAGAGGCUAGAUUACCGUAUUCUUGCUACUUUACAAAUCUUAUCACGUUUCACACCAGUACACCAUCCAGAUGGCUUUUGAGCAACUUUGAGGCCUUUAAAAUGCUUGCAUAAUUUCAUUUUCUUCAUUUUCAGUUGCUGUCUCGGAUGCUGUGGAAUCUGCAGAUGGUAAGUUAUUGGCACCAGGAUCCGCAGUGGGGAAAUAUCGGCGAGCAAAGCAAGCGGGGCGGUAGUCUGGGGAGGGGUUAAGGUGCUUUAACUGUCUCCUCUCCAGUUCGCUACUCGGCUCCCUUCACUCACCGUUCUUUUUUUUCGUUAUGGAGUCUGGCCCCAGCCCACUAAGCUAUAACUGUCUUACAAAAUAAUUACAGUAAACAUUGUAAAUGUGGAGUUAUUUGGCGCAGACCUCAGUUCUAUUACGUGAUAUGGCCAGCCUUUUCAAUGCAAAAAAUUACCAAAAAAUAAUUAUGGGGCUAGUGCUGUCUAAUAAAUUUUGUUUGGCACCUUCUCCAUAACUCUAAAGGAGCAUUUUGUAUAAGUGUAUAGGCACUAAGUAAUGACUUCAGCACAUAAUAUUCCCCAAACCAGCAAUAUCCUCGGGACAAACCCCCUUUAACACUAGGAUAAUUGACUAAUAUAGAUUAAAACGCCCGAUCACUUUUGUGGGAAGUCAAAUCUCUUUCUUUUUUCCACGAGCUUGACGUGGCGAGUGUUUCACCUUUUCCAAAACGAAACGUGUUAUCAUUCUCUUGUCUUACAGUGUCAGCGUGUCCAAAUAUGACAAUCCUGACAGGGACUUCAGGCAUCAUCACAAGUCCUUCUUACCCGGGAAAGUAUGGUAAUUACCACAGAUGCAGCUGGAAAAUCAUGGCAAGUACAGGAUAUCACGUCAAAUUGGUCAUUCAAGACAUGGAAAUAGAAGGUGGGACUAACUGUCCCUACGACUACAUACAAAUUCAAAAUGCUGUCAUAUAUGGUAGUGGUGUGCUUCCUGGGCGUUUAUGUGGUUCACUCACCAGCAAUUCGACUUUUUCUUCUUACGACGAAACCUUGAUUGUACGUUUUGUUACUGAUGUUUCUGUAACAGCCCGUGGAUUUAAAGCAAGAUAUACUGUUAUUCCUGGUAAGUAG